GUCAAUGUCUUGUUUUUUGUACGGACGGUACGACGACGAUUUUCGAAGUUUGACUCUCGAAAAACGAUUUAAGAUAGAUAUGAUCUAAUCUAGAGUGUCUACAUAACAAUAAAAACAUUUUAGUUAUACCACGAAAAGAAUUAUACAUUUUACCUUAAUUCCAAAUUUUUCGAAACAAUGGUUGUCGGAGCUUUUCCUAUCGCAAAAUUGUCCGUUUUGCUAAUUAAACAAAUCAGCAAACCCAUUGCGAAUGCUUGCAAGGAAAGGGCCAAAAAUAGUCCUUUUUUCAGAACCUACGUGUGCAUGCCUCCGGCGCAAUUUUACAACUGGUGUGAAGUCAAGACAAAAAUGUGGAUCUUAAACUUGGGAAAACCCGUAAACAUUCCAGUGUUGAGUCAAGAAAUGGCUAUAGAAUUGGGAGCAAAUCUGCUGGGUGAAUCCGUCAUAUUUGUAAUUGGAGCGGGUCUGCUUAUUGUGGAAUACAACAGACAAAGUAAAAAGGAAGCAGCAAAAGAAGCAAAACGUGAAGAGGAAAUGAAACACAUAACAGGAACAAUAACAGAUCUAUAUUUCACUGUUCAGCAACAACAGACGCAACUAAGAGAAAUGGAAAGAAUGGUGCACUCUAUAGGUGGCAAGAAACUACCUCCUAGCCCCCCACCUGCUAAUGUGCCAUCAGGACCAACCCCUCCACCUACACCACCAACACCAAAGCCACAAAAUAUCAACCAUAUUAUGGACUACAGUAGAACUGCAUCAUUGACUCCAUAUCCUGAUAAGGGCGUCAUUCUGCAAUCGUUAAAUUAUAUACAAAUGGACGUUUUCAGCUCUUAUUUUAAUGGCUCAAACAUAAAUGACCCCAACCAAAGGGUUGAUAAUACACAAACAUAUUAUAAAAGGGAACCUGCCUUGCUCUCUGAGGCAUUGCAUAAUAUUGAAAACAAUUUUACAAGCUUAUUUUAAUGUAAUUUAACAGUGUGAGGUGGUAAAUGAUUGUAGUAUUUAUUUUUAAAAUAUGUAAGAUAGAUUUUUGUAAUAUAUUUGUUUCAAGUCACAAGGUGUAUGAAAAAUAUUGUAAUAUAAGCUAGUAAAUUGUAACAAAUCAGAUUAUCUUUGAUUUUAGGUCAGUGAACAGUUUAUGAAUUGUCUACAAAAAUCUCAUGGACAAUAUUUAAAAAAAUAUUUAUAUAUUCUAGGAAAUAGUAGUAUGAGACGAAUAUGACGUCGCUCGAUCUCGUGUUAUACUGACGCUAGGUGGCGCGACUUGUUUCAGUAAAGAGUAGAGAGUUAGAGGGAUAGCGGUCGGUUGGCGGAAACGACUUCCGAUAUAAGGCGCUCGUCGUACGGUCGGCUUCAAUAUGCUCGUGGCGUUCGAGCCGUCCACAUUUCUUGUGUAAAUCUUUAUGGGUUACUUGGGACAGGCGGGGAAAGUAACGUAAGUGGAAGAGGGGAGUGUUUGUUAACAGUCAAUGAAUCCUUUAACCCUACACACAACGUUUACAAGUGCGUGACUCCACUCAAGGUCAUUUUCUGCCAUUCCAGGGUCUUUUUUGGUUACAGUUUGAUUUAUUAAUUAAGUUGUCCUGACAAAUAUUGUGUAUCAGAACCUUUGUUCCUCAUUGGUUUUCUUAUUUUUUUAAUCCAAUUUAGAUUGUUUAAUGCUAGAUUGAAUGAAUAAGCUUGUGAAUAUAGUUCUCAAAGGUUUAUGACUAGUCAAACAUACUUCAUUUUAAAAUUCCAUGAGUUACAGCUACAUACUUUUUAUGAAAAAAAUGAGGGGUAAACUGUAAAUUCUAUGAACUAUCAGAAAUAGACCAUAGAAUAGAAUAGUUGACAUGAUGGAUAUGACCUCUGUCUUCAAUUCAGAGAGCGCAGGUUUGAAUCUGGUCCGGGGCAUGCACCUCCCAACAGUGAAAGAAAAACUUUGUGAGGAAACCUGCAUACCUGAGAAUUUUCUUAAUUCUCUGUGUAAAGUCGCCCAAUCUGCGUUUGGCCAGUGUGGUGGACUAAGGCCUAACCCAUUCUGGGUUGUUAAUGAUGAUGAUGAUAAUAGUAAAUAUGUUUACUUAAUGAUAUUUUUAAAUAACAACAAAAAACAGACAAUUUAUUAUAUAAGUUUAUUUUAUUGCUCAAGCCAUUCACUCAUAUAUUUGCAUUCUUGUGGUGUUAUAAGCCCAGUAGAGCAGCAUUUAUGUAUGAGAGGACACACUCCACAGGGAACCUGGACCAAUCCUGGUGGUGUUAUUAGUGAUUCAAUAGAUCGGUACACUUUGCUUCCAUCUGGGUAAACACUGCUUUCUGCUUUCCCAUCAUAGACUAGUGUAUUUAAAAUUGUGAUAACAUCUUCAACUUCGAGCUUCACCUUAAAAUUCAAAAUUACAUUUAGGUCAUUAUUGUCAUUAGAGAUUUAAUUUUUUUUUAAACAUUUGGUACACCAACUUACUUUACUUAUUCCUAAGUCAGUUAUAUACUUUUGAACUUCAGCUGCUGUGGCAUAGGAUUGUGUUCUGCCCACUAUCGGACCUCUGGGAUUGUUUUUUAUUUUAUCAGCCCUUUGCUGCAGGAACCGUAAGCACUGCCUGUUCAGAAUUUCUACAAACUCUGAUUCAAAGUCCUGAUCUUGAUACCAGGCUCCUCCAGAUAUAGAGCGGUCUGGUUCUAGAUUAUAAAGCAUAUAAACUUUCUUCUUUGAUGCCUGUAAAAUGAAGUAAUUGUAAAGCUAUUUGUAAUGAGAUAAUUUUGCUGUAAUCCCACUACUGUACCCACUGGGAAUAAAGGAAAAUAUAAGUAUAUAUAGUUAUUGUUUAGAAGCAAGUGCUUUUGUCAACGAAUUGUUUAGCAGUUACAGAAUCAGUGGCAAGUAGAAGGAUUUUGACAAGGGUAGGUAGGAAUUAUGUGUACAGAUUGUACAAAAUGUAAAAUUCCUUCUCCAAUACAGGUUUAUAAUUAAUCCACAGGGUAGGCAGUGCACUUUUGCAUAAUACAAGCAAUGUGUCAUAAAGCAUAUGAGCAAGGGGGUCAUUUAUUUCCAAACACCAUUGAAUGGAAUUACAUCUUGCUCAUGUUUUUCUGUCACUGCCAAAAAAAGUUGGCAAAAGAACCACUUGCUUAAUACAAUUUUAAAAAUUUAGCAUUCAAAAGUUUUCUUUUUUGGAUGCUUCCAGUAAUGGGAUUAUAAAUCAAACUAUCCAAAGUAUUACCUAAGAACAAGAACAAUGGUGGUAAGAUAAAAAGUUACUUAUUAGGAAAUAUUUGUAAAAUAUACAUUAGUUUUAAAUAGUCCUUGGAUCCAAGAUUAAGGGGGCAUAUUUGUUGUCAGACACGCUGUAGUGUGGGAGAUUGUUCAAAAGGAAAGAACUCCCCUUUGGUUCUCAUGUUUUGUCAUUCUUGCCAAGAAUAUCACAUACAGAAAGUAUGAGCAGAAUGAUUAUGAAUAAAUAUAUAUUUUUUUUGGGCCCAAGGACUAUAAUAACAUAAGCAUUUUGUUUUGUGUCAGAAAAUAUAGUCCUGGAACUAAUAUUGGCCAUUAUGUUACAUGUUUGUGGCCACCAUAAUAACAUACUUCUGCACUAUAUUUUCACAAGUAGUUGUUUUUAAGUAUUAAUAGUUACUGAAAGCUUAUACUUGAAAUGUACAUUUAGUAUGACAAUAUUGGUUCCAGGGGUUAGUAUUAGGACUGUUCUUGUUAUUGUUUAUAGACUAAAAUGUUAGGAGUGAAUACACAAAUUAUAUUUAAUACAUACAUUAACACAUUUUACUGCUUUAAUAA